AUGCCGUUUAUAUUUCUGUCUGUAUUGAUAUAUCGCUUCAUUAGGUCCGCAACGAUAUUUACUAUAUUCAUCAACAUUGCUACAUCAGAUGUAACAUUUCCCUAUCCGAAUGUUGGACAAUUACAUUCCGAGCUUCAAAUACAGGCAAUUGCUGAUAUCGUGGCUUAUUUCAAUUGGAAUUGGGCUUCAAGAGUGACAGGAAACUCGGAUGCUUUCAUGAAUAUACACAAAAUGCUAACUUCAACUAUCCGAAAACGCAACGUAUGCAUAUCGGUAAGAAUAGCUAUACAUCCUAAUGAUACUAAAUCUGCUUUAUUCAGAAAAAUUGCAAUACUGAAAAAGCAGCAACGAUCUGACGUUAUUAUCCUUGUUAGAGAUGAAACAGCAGUUUAUAAGUUCUUGGAAGCAGCUCAAACCCAAAAUUUAAAAGGUUGUAAUCACAGUUACUGCCCACCCAUUCCAUCGAACUUAAUCGCCAAUAAUCAUGCUGAACUUGUAAAAGUUCUACGCAAUGUUUCAUUCCAAGGUGCAACCACUUAUCAGUUCCGUUUUCGAUUUGACGGAAGUAGUCAGCUACCGUAUCAAAUUAUAAAUCUUAAACCUUUUAAAAAUACUACUAUCAAUAUUGUAAUGAAAACUUAA